UCAGCUGGGCUCCCGGAGCAGGACCGGCCCGCUCCCCCCAGGGCUCGCACGGAGCCAGCUGCUCCUUCUCCUCUGCCCGCAGCGCCCUGCGCCCGGCCCGGCUCCCCAGGCACCUCCCCAGCCAUGGCCCGGCCGAGCCCCAGCAAGUUCCAGUUCGCCAUUGACCGCGGGGGCACCUUCACCGACAUCUUUGCCCGCUGCCCCGGGGGGCGCGUCCGCGUGAUGAAGCUGCUGUCCGAGAACCCGGCCAGCUACCGCGAUGCGCCCACCGAGGGCAUCCGCCGCGUCCUGCAGGAGGAAUGUGGCACUCCCUUUCCCCCCGACCACCCUCUGGAUGCAUCCCGGAUAGAGUGGAUCCGCAUGGGGACCACGGUGGCCACCAACGCCCUGUUGGAGCGCAAGGGGGAGCGGAUCGCGCUGCUGAUCACCAAGGGCUUCCGGGAUCUCCUGCACAUCGGCAACCAAGCCCGGCCCAGAAUCUUUGACCUGGAGGUGGCAGUGCCCGAGGUGCUGUAUGAGGAGGUGGUUGAGGUGGACGAGCGGCUGAUCCUGCACCGCGCCGGCUGCCAGCUCCCUGGGGCCGAGCCCGGCCAGGCGCUCUCAGGCGUGACGGGGGAUUCGCUGGUGGUGCAGCGCCCCGUGGACCUGGCCAUGCUGCGGAGAGAGCUGCAGCGGCUGCUGGCGCGGGGGAUCCGGAGCCUGGCCGUGGUGCUCCUGCACUCCUACGCCUGGCCAGCCCAUGAGCAGCAGGUGGGGGCGCUGGCCCGGGAGCUGGGCUUCCAGCACGUGUCUCUGUCCUCCUCGGUGAUGCCCAUGGUGCGGGUGGUGCCGCGCGGGUACACCGCCUGCGCCGACGCCUACCUGACCCCCUGCAUCCACCGCUACCUCGAUGGCUUCCGCGCCAGCUUCAGCCCGCAGCUCCAGGACACCCAGGUGCUCUUCAUGCGCUCCGACGGGGGCCUGACCCCCAUGGGGCAGUUCAGUGGCUCCAGGGCCAUCCUGUCUGGCCCUGCCGGCGGCGUUGUGGGCUACGCAGUCACCACCUACAGCCAGGAGGACGGGCAGCCUGUGAUCGGCUUCGACAUGGGAGGCACCUCGACGGAUGUCAGCCGCUACGCCGGCGAGUACGAGCACGUCUUCGAGGCGACCACGGCCGGGAUCCGCAUCCAGGCCCCCCAGCUGGACAUCAACACCGUGGCGGCUGGCGGCGGCUCCAUGCUCUUCUUCCGGUCUGGGCUGUUUGUGGUUGGUCCCGAGUCUGCGGGGGCCCAUCCUGGCCCCGCCUGCUACAGGAAGGGGGGGCCCCUGACAGUGACCGACGCCAACCUGUGCCUGGGCCGCCUGCUGCCCCAUUACUUCCCCCACAUCUUCGGGCCGGGUGAGGACCAGCCGCUGUCGCGGGACGCCACCCUGCAGGGCUUCCAGGAGCUCACUGCCCGCGUGAACGCCUUUCUGGCCAGCCAGGCGCCAGGCCCCCGCUCCCCUCUCACCGUGGAGGAGGUGGCCAUGGGCUUCCUCCAGGUGGCCAAUGAGGCCAUGUGCCGGCCCAUCCGCUCCCUGACCCAGGCGAGAGGCCACGACACCUCGCACCAUGUGCUGGCCUGCUUUGGGGGUGCAGGGGGGCAGCACGCCUGCGCCAUUGCCCGUGUGCUAGGCAUGAAGCGGGUGUUCGUUCACAGGCACAGCGGGAUCCUGUCGGCCUACGGGCUGGCCCUGGCGGACGUGGUGCACGAGGCCCAGGAGCCCUGCUCCCUGCGCUACGGGCCCGAGGCCUAUGCCCAGCUGGACGAGCGCAUGGCGGCGCUGCAGACAGAGUGUGUGCGGGCACUGCAGGCCCAGGGCUUCCCCAGGUCUCAGAUCUGCACGGAGCCUUUCCUGCACCUGCGCUACGAGCGCACGGACUGCGCCCUCAUGUGCUCGGCCAAGGGGUACCCGGCCACGUCCGAUUCCUGCCGGGCCGGGGACUUCCGCGCCGCCUUCUCCAGCAGGUACCUGAAGGAGUUUGGCUUCACCAUCCCUGGGCGCCCUGUGAUGGUGGAUGACGUGCGCGUGCGAGGCAUUGGCAGCACCGGGAUUGGCCAGGACGAGCCAGUCGCGGCCAGCGGCAGACCCGCCCGCGUGGAGACGGUGACCCGCUGCUAUUUCGCUGAUGGCUACCUGGACACCUGCGUGUACCUGCUGGAGGAUCUGUCCUGGGACCACUCCAUCCCUGGCCCCAGCAUCAUCAUCGAUAAGAACAGCACCAUCCUCAUCGAGCCGGGCUGCACGGCCUCCAUCACCCGCCACGGGGACAUCAGCAUUGCUGUGGGCUCCGAGAAGCAGGGCCCUAUCAGCACCCAGCUCGACACCAUCCAGCUCUCCAUCUUCUCCCACCGCUUCAUGGGCAUUGCAGAGCAGAUGGGCCGGAACCUGCAGAGAACGGCCAUCUCCACCAACAUCAAGGAGCGGCUGGACUUCUCCUGUGCCCUCUUCGGGCCGGAUGGGGGGCUGGUGUCCAACGCGCCCCACAUCCCCGUGCACCUUGGUGCCAUGCAGGAGGCUGUCCAGUUCCAGCUCCGGAACCUCGGGGCUGACCUGAGCGAGGGCGACGUGAUCCUCAGCAACCACCCAUGUGCGGGGGGCAGCCACCUCCCAGACUUGACUGUCAUCACACCCGUGUUCUGGCCAGGGGUGCCAAGGCCCGUGUUCUUCGUCGCCAGCCGUGGGCACCACACGGACAUCGGCGGCAUCACACCCGGCUCCAUGCCCCCGCACUCCAAGGUGCUGCAGGAGGAAGGCGCCAUCUUUGUGUCCUUUAAGCUGGUGAAGGAUGGAGUCUUCCAGGAGGAGGCUGUGAGCGAGGCCCUGAUGGCUCCCGGCUGCAUCCCAGGCAGCAGCGGCACCCGCAACCUCCAGGACAACCUGUCGGACCUGCGGGCGCAGGUGGCAGCCAAUCAGAAGGGGAUCCAGCUGGUGAGCGAGCUGAUUGGCCUGUAUGGGCUGGAGGUGGUGCAGACCUACAUGGCACACAUCCAGGCCAACGCGGAGGUGGCAGUGCGGGACAUGCUGAAGGGAUUCGCCGCUCGCUGGGGGGCAGCGACGCACCCCAUGGCGGUGCAGGCGCAGGAUCACAUGGACGACGGCUCCCCCAUCCGGCUGAAGGUGGAGGUGGACCCACAGGAGGGCAGCGCCGUGUUUGAUUUCUCUGGCUCUGGCCCCGAGGUGCAUGGGAACUGCAACGCCCCCCGGGCCAUCACCCUCUCGGCACUGAUCUACUGCCUGCGCUGCAUGGUGGGCCAGGACAUCCCGCUCAACCAGGGCUGCCUGGCCCCGGUGCAGGUUCUCAUUCCCAAGGGCUCCAUCCUGGACCCCUCCCUGGAGGCUGCAGUGGUGGGGGGCAACGUGCUGACCUCGCAGAGGGUGGUGGACGUGAUCUUCAGGGCCUUCGGGACCUGCGCUGCCUCCCAGGGCUGCAUGAACAACGUCACGUUUGGGAACGAGGACUUUGGCUACUACGAGACGGUGGCGGGUGGCGCGGGGGCCGGGCCCCACUGGCAUGGGCGCAGCGGGGUGCACACCCACAUGACCAACACCCGCAUCACUGACCCCGAGAUCCUGGAGAAACGGUACCCAGUGAUCCUGCGCUGCUUCGAGCUGUGCCGGGGCAGCGGGGGCAGCGGGCAGUUCCGGGGCGGGGACGGGGUGAUCCGGGAGCUGCUGUUCCGCGAGGAGGUGGUGCUGUCGGUGCUGAGUGACCGCCGGGCCUUCCGCCCCUAUGGCCUGUACGGGGGGGACUCCGGCUCCCCCGGGCUGAACUUGCUGAUCCGCAGAGACGGACGAACCAUCAACCUGGGGGGGAAGACGUCACUGCCAGUGCUCCCCGGGGACGUCUUCCGCUUGCAGACCCCCGGCGGGGGUGGCUUUGGGCUGGCUGCUGACCCCAGGGACUCCCUGGAGCGGCACCAGCCACCUGACGCCAGGAGCUUCCCGGAGCGUGGCAGCCUGUACGACUAUCGCCUGGCGCAGGAGACGGCGUGAGGGCCGGGC